AUGCGCUUCGCCUCUUCAGCCCUGCUUGCGGUCGUGAGCGCGGGAGUCGCGCUUGGGGCUCAACAUCCGUUCACCGCGUACGAUGAAGGACUCUUCACUCCCCUGGGCGACCUUGGCCUGCUCUCGACGUCGGAGUUCACGACGCUAGCGCACCCCGCAUUCCCGAACCACAACGUGCGGGUCAAGCAGUCGCAGUUCUGUGACGGCGGCGUGAACGCGUACACGGGAUACAUCGACGUCGAGGCGCGGCACCUUUUCUUCUACUUUUUCGAGAGCCGCCGCGACCCGGAGACGGACGAUGUGAUGUUCUGGACGAACGGUGGCCCCGGCGCGUCGUCGACGAUGGGACUCUUUAUGGAGCUCGGACCGUGCCGGGUCACGAGCUCGAACAGCACCAAGAUGAACCCGUAUUCGUGGAACGAGCACGCCAACGUGUUCUUUGUCGACCAACCCGUUGGUGUAGGCUACUCUUAUGCUGAAUAUGGGGAGUCAGUCGGUACGACGAAAGACGCAGCCGCCGACAUUGCUGCAUUCAUGGUCAUCUUCUUCGAACACUUCGCCAAAUUCAAGGGCAGGGCUUUACACCUCGCAGGCGAAUCCUAUGGAGGUCGCUACAUACCGGUCUUUGCCUCCGCGAUUUAUGAUAAGAACAAAGAGCUUGUGGAGGCUGGGUUGACUCCUGUCAACCUCUCCUCGAUAAUGAUCGGCAACGGUUGCACUGAUUUUGGCACCAUGUUCCCGUCUUAUUACGACGCGCAGUGUCAAGACCCGACAUUUCCGAUGAUACACGACAUCUCGACCUGUGUGCGCAUGAAGGAGAUGGUGCCUCGUUGCCAAAAACGCUUCAAGGAAUCAUGUGAAGACAAAAUGGAUGCAAUUGACUGUGCUGCGGCGAGCUCGUUCUGCAGCGACGCGUUCAACGGGCCCUUCGGGGAUAAGAACCACUACGACCGUGCCCGUCCCUGCAAAGGCGCGGCAAGCAUCACCGAGUGCUACCCCAUCGUCCAGCACACUGUCGAAUUCCUGAGCAGCGAGGCCACCCAAGACCUGCUCGGGGUUGACCCAGCCGUGCGCGGGAACUUCACGCACUCCUCCAGGACCGUCAGCCAGGCGUUCCGCGACAACCUCGAUCACUGGGCCUUCCCCGCCCAGCACUACAUCUCUGCGCUCCUCGAACGUGGCGUGCGCACGCUCAUCUACGUCGGCGCGACGGAUUACAUCUGCAACUGGAUCGGCAACGAGCGCAUGACGCUCGCGCUCGAGUGGAGCGGUCAAGAGGAGUUCCGGAGCAAGCCGCUGUCGGUAUGGGGUUGGGACGUUGGGGAGGUCUCUGGGCUCACGCGCAGCGGCGGUGGCCUCACGUACGCGACGAUCGCCGGUGCGGGGCAUAUGGCGCCAUACGACAAACCACGGGAGUCCCUUGUGAUGGCGAACCGUUGGCUGGCUGCAGAGAGCCUGUAG